GAGGAGUCCUGGCGUGUGGCCGACCGAUCGUGAAGGGCACUGAGGGUCAUGCCAAGAUGAGACUCUCAUAAGUGCCCCCAAAGCCAGAUGUCACUGCUUGGAGGGCACUUCCACAGCUCCUUGGAUGAUGGGUCCAAGUCACUUUUGGAGAGGAACGGCAAUGUCACUGCAGAGAACGUCCAUCCUGCUGAGGAAGCCAGCGGCUUAUCGAGAAUGCAAACUUUGAUCCAUUUACUGAAAUGCAACAUUGGCACAGGACUCCUGGGGCUUCCCCUGGCCAUGAAAAAUGCCGGCUUAUUGGUGGGUCCCAUCAGCCUGCUGGGCAUUGGGGUCCUCACCGUGCACUGCAUGGUCAUCCUGUUGAACUGCGCCCAUCACCUCAGUCAGAGAUGGCAAAAGACUUUUGUGAACUAUGGAGAGGCCAUGAUGUACAGCCUAGAAACCUGCCCAAACGCCUGGCUGAGGACCCACUCGGUGUGGGGCAGGUACACUGUCAGCUUCUUACUAAUCACCACCCAACUGGGAUUCUGCAGUGUUUAUUUUAUGUUUAUGGCAGACAAUUUACAACAGAUGGUUGAAGAAGCCCACAUGACGUCCAACAACUGCCAACCCAGGAAGUUCCUGGUGCUGACCCCGAUCCUGGACAUCCGCUUCUACAUGCUGACAAUCCUGCCCUUCCUGAUGCUGUUGGUGUUUAUCCAGAACCUCAAGCUGCUGUCCAUCUUCUCAUCGCUGGCCAACAUCGCCACGCUGGGGAGCAUGGCUCUGAUCUUUGAGUAUAUCGUUCAGGAGAUUCCAGAUCCCAGCAACCUCCCCUUGAUGGCAAGCUGGAAGACCUUCCUGCUGUUCUUUGGUACAGCCAUCUUCACAUUUGAAGGUGUUGGUAUGGUCUUGCCUCUCAAAAAUCAGAUGAGGGAUCCACAGCAGUUUCCUUUUGUUCUGUACUUGGGGAUGUCCCUUGUCAUCACCCUCUACAUCUGCCUGGGGACACUGGGCUACAUGAAGUUUGGGUCAAGCACCCAAGCCAGCAUCACCCUCAACUUGCCCAACUGCUGGCCGUACCAGUCGGUCAAGCUGCUCUACUCCAUUGGCAUCUUCUUCACCUACGCCCUCCAGUUCCACGUCCCGGCCGACAUCAUCCUCCCCUUCGCCGUCUCCCAGGUGUCAGAGAGGUGGACGCUGUUUGUAGACCUGUCUGUCCGCAUAGCCUUGGUCUUUCUGACCUGUGUCUCAGCCAUCCUCAUCCCCCGCCUAGACCUGGUCGUCUCCUUUGUGGGCUCCGUGAGCAGCAGCGCCCUGGCCCUCAUCAUCCCGCCCCUCCUGGAGCUCAUCACCUUUUAUCCUGAAGACAUGAGCUGUGUCACCAUUGCAAAGGACAUCAUGAUCAGCAUCCUGGGCCUUUUGGGGUGUGUAUUCGGGACAUACCAAGCCCUCUAUGAGUUGAUCCAACCCAUUAGCCAUUCCGUAGCCAACGCCACAGGAGAAAUGGACCUGACACAAGUCAGUACUCAUACCCCUCAGGGUAUGCCUUUUUUGGUUUGGGAUUGCUUCAGAGGUCUUUUGUACCUAUGAACCAAACCCUCAUCCGACCGUUUGUACCAUCAGCCUCAUUUACUGGGAAAAGGAAUGCCAUUCACUCAUGACAUUCCUGGAAACAGACAAAGCAUAGAUGGAAACGCAAAAGCAAUUGUUUUCUCUAAUCUGCAGUUGCUGCCCUUAAGGCAUAAGAUUUAGAAAAGUGGAUAUUGGGGGAAGGGGGAUUUUCUAUUCACAUAUUCUUCUUUUUUUUAAAGUUUGUUUAUUUUGAGCGGGGGAGAGAGAGAGAAUCUCAA